CCCUGUAUAUUUAGUAGUCGUCCACGACUACAUUGUAUAUUGUAUUUCUGAGUUGUAGCGAACUGGGCGACGACUAAUAUGGCUGCGCUUUUAAAGAAAUCUUUGCUUCAUCCUGUUCUUCGUAAUAAUGGAGUCGCAAGAUUACAGUUUGUCAGAUUAGCUGGGUAUUGGAACAAAGAUUGGAAGCCUGGUCCAUAUCCCAAGACAGAUGCUGAAAGAAUUGCCGCAGCAAAGAAGUAUGGUAUGCUUCCUCAAGACUAUGAACCAUAUCCUGAUGAUGGACUUGGAUAUGGUGAUUACCCAAAGCUCCCAUUGAUUUCCAAUGAUAUGAAAGAUCCAUUGUACAACUGGGAUAUGCCUGAUCUGAAAAGAAAUUAUGGCGAGCCUAUCCAUACCCAGUAUGAUGCCUAUGUUGAGGAGAGGCUAAGCAAUGCAAGAAUACAGUAUACUCCAAUGUAUAUGUUGUCCCGUUUUCUAGGAAUAAUGGGUGCAUUUCUUGCAGUUCAUCUAUUGUUUGAAUACAAUGAUUGGUAUCUGAAACAUCCAUGGACUCCACCACAAUAUGUUAAAGAAGGAAAAACCCACUACACUUUUGAGCCAUUGGAUUAAUGCAUUGUGAAUUAAUGAAGAACUUGUAAUAAAGAGUGUGACAUAAUAAAAUAAGUAGAUAUUGA